GUUUUUGUGCUGCACCAGGUAGAAUUUCGUUCACGCAGAUGCAAGAAAAGUGAUUGUGUGCCGGCCGCACUUCUUUGCAACUCAAUCUUGCUGCUAAUGCCCAACUUGAAGUCCUCAGUAACCAGACGUUUCUUCCGUGUCUGCGGUUGACGCGGUUCAAAGACUUACCUCCACCAACCAUCUCAGUGGGGCAGUAGCUAAGAAGUUCAACUGCCUCCAUACAGUCUCCUAACAAUACCGCCCGUUGUAGAAACUCUCUAAAUUCACCGAGUCUGUGUCCGGUGUUUGCGUCACUGGAAGUUGACUGCAGCUGGUGACAGGGUGUGGAUUGAGGGCCCCAAAGACGUGGAGCACGUUGCUGUGUCCCAGACAUGGAGCAAUUAUUCCUGACCAGAAGCUACUUGUCGGGAAAUUUGAAAAUGUUAUACGUCGUCGAAGACCGAUUCGCUUCCCAGUUACGAGGGCUCAGGCUAAAGUGAACAAUUCCAACCUUUUUAGCAAGACUCUAUUGGAGUGAGAGUAUCAGAAGUAUCCUCCGGCUGGAAACUUACUCCUAAAUUUUCCUCUGAUCGCAGUUCGUACAGCGCAGAGACCUUUCAACAAACACCCUGAUGCUGUCUGAUUCUCACAACGGACCCACUGAAGAGGAAAUCGUGCUUUUAAUAGACUACGAAGACUGGAUCAACAUUCUGUUAACCGUAUAUAAAUACAUAAUAAUAUAUUUAUUUAUUUAUGUAUUCCUACACGAAUUGUGUUGUCCAAUGAUGUGUGUAUGCGUGGGGUAUGCGUAUGAUCGACGAAUGGCGUGGAGCGCUACGAUUGAGAAUGGGAGUUGAGGGUUGGGUACACAAUGUUUUCAGCUCGAGUUUAGGUUGAGGGUUGGCAGUGAUCUGUGUUUUUAAGGCCGGGCUGCUCGCGAUGCGCCUCAAGGCCUAUCGAAAUUACUGACACAGUAGAGCGCACAUGGACGCGCGACGCGUCACGCGCGCCUCCUCCGCGCACCGGCAGAAUGAGAAGUCACAGCAGAAUGAGGGCAGUGAAGAGGGAACAGACCCUCAAGCUACAGUUAUGAAGUGGCCAGAGAAUGGAGCGCUGACACUAGAGUGGGUGCAGCAGUUAGGCAAGGUGCUGGAGUUUGCUUCUCGUCACUUGCUGCCCACGGAGCUCCCCACUGUUCUGCCUGUUCCCGUGAUCGAUUCGCUGUUACUGGCAGCUCACAAGUUGUUGCAUCGGGAGCCAAACUGUGUGGAUGUCCCAGUCGAUCAUUCCUGCUCAGUUGUACUCGUAGGGGACGUUCAUGGACAGUUUCACGACGUGUUGCAUCUUCUGGAAAUCGCCGGUCCCCCUUCCGCCAAUCGUUUAUUUGUAUUUAAUGGCGAUUACGUUGAUAGGGGUGCCUGGGGCUUCGAGACCUACUUCUAUCUCCUUUCUUGGAAGCUUUUAUUACCCCAUCGAGUAUUCUUGUUACGAGGCAACCACGAGACCAAGUUUUGUACCAGUGCAUAUGGGUUCGAGCAAGAAAUCAUGUCCAAAUUCGGUGACCGAGCUAAGCAUUUGUACCGCAAAUUGCUAGGUUGCUUUGAAGGCCAUCCUCUCGCUGCCAGAGUGGCGGGCUGUGUGUACAUGGCUCACGGCGGUCUCUUCCGACAGGUUGAGAAAGAGGUCCCUAAAAAACAAAAAGGCAAGAGUUCCAGGCAGUCGAACACGAGUCGAAUCGUGAACGAAAAAAACUUGAAAAUUGGGACAAUUGAUGAUUUGCAAAAGGUAAGGCGCACGGUUCUAGACCCUUCUGGAUUCGGAGCAAACGUCAUCCCUGGGGACGUGCUGUGGUCAGACCCUUCACCGAAGAACGGUCUUUCUCACAAUGACCAACGUGGAAUUGGCCUUUUAUUUGGUCCUGACUGCACCCAAGAGUUCAUGGAAAAGCACAAGCUCAAGUUAAUUGUAAGGUCUCACGAAGGCCCUGACGCGAGAGAAAAGAGACCGGACAUGGAGGCUAUGAAUAAGGGCUACACUGUUGAUCAUGUGGUGAAUGCUGGCAAGCUCAUUACUUUAUUCAGCGCCCCUGAUUACCCUCAAUUUCAGGCUUCUGAGGACCGAUAUUACAAUAAAGGCGCAUACAUAGUUCUAGAGCCCCCAGAUUUUUCUGAUCCUCAUUUUUUCCAGUUUGAAGCUGUUAAACCCCGUCCCAAGGUGAACCCGUAUUAUGAUUUUGUGAACUCUAUCGAUUCAGAUGAAGAGCUUGAUCUAGGGUCAGGGUAAGAAGAAUCCGUCGGCAAUGGCAGUAACAAAGAGCCUUGGGCGACGCCAUCGGCCACCGUCAUCACUCUACAUGUGGCGAUGAUUUAGUAGAUCAUAAUCUCAUAAUCUCAGAUGUUUGUAGAAAGCAUCAAAUGUAUCUACAACAUUCCAUAAUUUUGGAAAUUUCAUGAUCAUGCCCUUUGUAUUGCAUUCUAAAAUCACCCUAACAGAAAAGCUUUGAUAGUC